UUCUUGCUGCGCAAAACAUUUUGCAUUCAAUUGCUAUUGGAAGCACAAGUGACGAAAACGUUCUUAUUUAGAAGCGUUUAACACAUUGUUAUUUCAUCAGAAAAUCUGACAUUUGCUAGUAGAGUUGUAUUAAUCUCAAUUUUAUAGUUUAAAAAAAAAAGUGAAAAUGUUGAGAAGUGUGUGCUUCAUGCGUCUUCACACGGCCGGUGUCGUAGUCGGCUAUUUGGGAUUGGCAGGCUCCAUUUUCAUAGCAAUUGCCUCGGCCUGCGCCCUAGGAUUUGCAGAUGUGAUCGCAAAAGCCGUCGAGGAGUCGAUGAAACAACCGGAUCCCAAGGCACAUGAUGAAAUCCAUAUGAUGAUUGUGAUCUUCGCCUGCAUCUACUUGGGCAGUGCUUUAAUUAGUACUAUGUCUUCAGGCAUGCUCAUCAUAGGCACAAUGAAGAACCGUCACUUGAUGAUGCUGCCCUGGUUGGUCCUCAAUGCAAUUGGUCUUUUUUCGAAAAUUGUAUAUAAUUUAGUUUUGAUAUAUGCUCUAUAUCAAGCUCCAAUGCAGUUUGCAUUGAUUUUCGUAUUAUCGAUGCUUUCUUUAGCAUUUUAUGCAUACAUCUACGCUGGCAUCUAUUCGCUGUUCAAGCACAUUCAAUUGAGCAAUGACGAACAGCGGCCAUUGGUGCGCUCUGAUAAUGGAACACAUGAUGGUACAACUUACCCCAACUAUACUAAAAUAUAAAUUGGGGAAGAACCAUUUUCAAUACAAUACGUUUGCAGAUAGCAGUUAAUCGAUCGUGAUAUCGCGAAGCCUUAAAAUGUAACGAGUACCAGCAUUGCUACUAAUGUGAAGAAAUUUAUGCAUUCUAAUCAUCAAAUUGUACUAUCUAUCUAUUAUUUUUGUCGUACGUCAUUGUUUUCAAAUAAAUUCAUAUACAUAUACACGUAUACUAUAUUAUA